GCGAGCUACAUCUUCUCUCUCCGUUUCCGUAUUCCCGAAAUACCCCUCUUCCCGAAAUGCCCCUCUGAUAGCAAUCGUCUCCCUCCCUCGCUCCCCCAAAUUCCCAAGCCCUAAUCCUCUCUUCUCGCCUGCCCCAGUGGAGAGCUCUUAUGAAUCAGCGGCACAUUCAUGCUUUCAAUGCUCUGUUGAUUUCUCUGGCUUUCUGGGUCUUUCCUGAUUUUUUUUCUCUCUCGAAAGGUGGUACAAUCUAAUGGAUGAAAUAACCAAGUAGAGAAAUCAUGUUGCGCUUUUAAGUGAAUCAAACUUCUGGUCUGAGAAGUGAAUGAAAUGAUGGCAGCUGGCCAACAAAAGAAGAGAUUAACAAGCUCUAAUCUGCAUGACCAAUAUAGAGGGAAGAAAAAGAAGCAGAAGCAGCAGCUGGAUCCCUCUGAUUAUGUAUUGAAUUUCAGAUCUCAUGUGCAGCUCGAGUGGGAUGAUAGUCGGAACAGAGUCAUAGGAAAGAGAGAGCAAGUUGGGGUAACAUGGACAGACAUGGCUCCUUUCAUUGAUUCUCCUCAUCCACACUAUUCAGGUCUAGCUGAUGUCCUUUCUGUGCCUCCAACAAUUUUUGAUCUGGAAAAUUUGAUGGAGGUGCUCUCUUAUGAGGUUUGGGCCAAAUUUCUGUCUGAAUCAGAUAGAAAGCUUCUCACUCAAUUCCUUCCUAGUGGGACCAGUGGAGAACAAGUACUGAAGCCAUUGCUAAUGGGGGAUAACCUUCACUUUGGAAAUCCAUUUCUCAAAUGGUCUACUUCACUUUGUUCUGGUGAUCUUCAUCCUGAUAAAGUUCUUCAAAAAGAACGGCACAUCAAAGCCGACAAGAGGGCAUAUUAUUCAGAGUUGAGCAAAUAUCAUAAUGACAUACUCGAAAUUCUUAAGAAGUGGAGGGAACAGUGGGCUAGUUGCAAGGAUCCAGAGAUAUCGUGGAGGAAAGAGUUCACCAAGCACAACCAAGAAAUUGUAUCAGUUUCAACAGAAAGGACUGUUGUUCCCAUCUCCAAGAAAGAGAUUCCUCAUGAAAAUUGUGUUCCUGGAGGUGAUGUUGGUAAAUAUAUGUCCUAUAUCAAGAUAAGUAAACAGCAGCUCCAGCUCAUAAAAAAUUUGAAGGAAAAUGGUGACGAGAUUCAGCCCAUUUCCCUCAACCGCGUGCUUGGUGAUAUCAAAGACUUUGUUGUGGAACCAUAUGCAUCAUUUGAAAUGGAAGAAAGGAAGAGGUUUAAUGAUCACUGGUUAAAAGUUGUUAACAAAGAUCUCUCAACAGCUUUUAAUAUCUGGAGAGACAAGAAGUGGAAGAGAGAAGAAUGGAGCAAAACUUUGAAGCAGGAACUUACUGAAAAGAUGAAACUACGGGGUAAGGAGGGAACCAAGUUGGUGAUUUUAGUCGAAAAACAAAUGGAAAAUGGAAAUUCUGACCCCUGUAUGGAUAGUGAUUUGAUAAAUCAAGAAAAAGUGAGCUCCCUAGAUAUACCAGAAUUGACUCGGAGUUCUCUAGUCUCUUCACGUUUUGUCAAAAAAAGAAAUCCUUUGGAAGGUGAUGCUAAAUCACAGGAUCAAGCAGUAGUGUGUCAAGGCACAACAAAACCAGCAGAGGAUUCUUCGGUCAUUCAAAAGUUUCUCGGAAAAAGUAAUCCUCCAGAUAGUACCAUGGAACAGAAGGUGUCUGCAUCAUUCCCGGACGACAUGUGGCAAUCUGUUACUACUCAGGAUUCAUGCUAUCAGGCUGCUGAAGAGAACCAUAGAUAUCCGUCUGCUAGUGGGAUUUCUCUUGGACAACUUCAGCCUACUGCACAGGUGAUAGAUUUGGAAAGAGAUGCUCUAGAACAUGACACUAGAGACGAUGACACAUCCUCACUUUGUUCAUAUGCUAAAAAGAAACAUGAUGAGCUCCUUCAACCUUUUCCAAAUGGACCUGGGACGAUGCCCUCAUACAUCUUGAGACAAUUUCAGGAGCAACGAGGUUUGGUGGAGCAGAGGCAGGCCAGAGAGAAAGAGCUUUACAUUCAUCAAAUAAUGAACAAGAAUGUCUACUCUAAUGGGGAAUUCCCAGGGCGAACGCAUAUUGCAUCAACUGAAGUGCAGGACUUCUCUGAAUUGCCAUCUUCAACAAAUGGCGGGAUGGCGAGCCAAAGUUGGUUUUCCGAUGAUCAUCUGCCGUCUAACGGGUGGCCUGGAUAUGAAUUGUCAAACAAUGGUCAGAAUUUGGGAGAUGCUCUCAGUGCAGAUGGGAGUCUCUUCAGUGUUCUAUCUGAAUGCAGAAAGUUGCCAUCUCGCCCAUCUUACGCCGAAACUACAAGUUCAGAACGGUUCAUCCAAGCCGGGAAUUUUAGUGGUGCUGAGAACAUACGUGGAUUCCCUGCUCGGCAACCCAACAGCUCAACUCCCAGUGAUGCAGAUGAGGUCUCUCCGGCCUUAGAUAACGUCUCUUGGAACUUUUCGCAUCAGAAUAAGAUGCCUUGGAAGCACUAACAUUAAGGUUUUGGCUUCAUUGGCAUGGUUAUUAGGUUUUUGUACAUAUGCAUCUGGGAGGAACAAAGUUGGUCGGUCGCUUUUCUCGUUCAAAAUACGAGCUCUUUCUGUAAAAUUGUCUGGCUUCUUGCCUCACUCUUUUUUUCAUUCUAAAUAAGAUAUAACUGGUUAUUUUCCA